AAACUGAACUUUAAGAACAUAACUGUUAUAUGACGGUAUAAUCAUGGCGACGGUUAUGGAUAUGGACGAAGACACCAUGUUGGCGAUGGAGUCGACGGCUUGUGAACCUCAUCAUGCGGAUCUUCCAGAAUUUUCUGGAGUUUCCUCCAUAACAUCACAGAGCGAGAGCGCUGAGGUCUCUGAGCAACAGCAGCUUCGAGUUUACUUAAAAGUUCGGCCUUUCAGUGAAGAAGAGCUGAGAAGCAAUGAAGAACAGGGCUGUGUUGUGUUGGAGGAUGCGGAGAACAUCUCUCUUCACGCUCCGCAAGGAUCCGCCAGCAUGAAGAGCAGCGAGAAGGGGAUCGGCCAGCAGGUCUACAAGUUCAGCUUCACGCAGAUCUUCGGGCCGGCGUGCUCCCAGACCGAGUUCUUCGACGGCACCAUCAGCUCACAGGUGCACGAGUUCCUGCACGGCAAGAACGCAUUGGUGUUCAGCUACGGAGUGACCAACGCCGGGAAAACAUACACCAUACAAGGCUCCCAGAAGGACCCGGGGAUCCUGCCGCGCGCGCUGGACGCGGUGUUCCGGCACGUGGCGGGCCGCCAGUACGAGCACGCCGACCUGAAGCCCUUCCUGAGCUCGGAUGUGCAGAAACUCGACUCGGAACAAGUCAAAGUGGAGAAGAACGCCAAGGCCGCGCUCUUCAGUUUACUCAAAGAGGAUACUGAACCCACUAAAUCCAGUCGAAGUAGAAGCUCGAACUCCUCCGUCAACAGUUUGUCGUUUUCCAGUGUUUCGUAUGACCAUACAGUGGACAGUGCUGAUGUCACGGCUGAUGAUGGACACUGGCUUUACUGCGUCUGGGUGGCGUUCUACGAGAUCUACAACGAGCACGUGUACGACCUGCUCCAGCCGACCCACGCCAGCAGAACCCGGAGGCGGCCGGCGCUGAGAGUGUGUGAGGACAGCGCCGGGAGCUCCUACAUCAGAGAUCUGCGAUGGGUUAAUGUGCAGAACGCAGAGGAGGCCAGUAAAGUGCUGCGCGUGGGCAAUAAGAACCGGAGCGCAGCCGCGACCAAGAUGAACCAGUCGUCCAGCAGAAGCCACAGUAUCUUCACCAUCAAGCUGAUCCGCCUCGACGGAGCCGAUGUUCAGGGACUGUCGGAUCUUUCACUUUGUGACUUGGCCGGCUCCGAAAGAUGCAACAAAACCAAAACGUUUGGGGAGCGUCUGAAAGAAGCUGGAAACAUCAACAAUUCCCUGCUGAUCCUGGGCAAGUGCAUCGCCGCGCUGCGGAGCAACCAGAGCUACAGGGCGAGGACGAGCUACGUGCCGUUCCGCGAGAGCAAGCUGACCCGGCUCUUCCAGGGCAUGUUCUGCGGCCGAGGACGGGCUUGCAUGAUCGUCAACAUCAACCAGUGCGCCUCCACCUACGACGAGACCCUCCACGUCAUGAAGUUCUCCGCCGUGGCCAAGCAGGUGUUACAGGUCAUGCCUCAAAGAUCUGUGGAGUCUCUGGCGCCGCGUCUGGUGGGUCUGGAUGGGAAGCCAUUGCUGAGGAAUGGAGUGAUUGAUGACCAGGCUGUGGAUGAAUAUCUGUCAGAGGAAGAGUUGCUGGACGGAGACGAGGCGGACGUGUCAAUAUUACCCCAAGAGGAGUUGUUGAACUUGGUGGAGAGCUUGCGCUCGAAGCUGAUGGCCGAGCGCAGGAAGAAUCUUGUCCAGGAGAUUCAGAUCCGUAAGGAGAUGGGAGACGCGAUGCUGCAGCAGAUCACGGAGGCAGAGGAGCUUCACAGUCGUCAGCUGGAGGACCUGAAGGAGAGCUAUGAGGAGAAGAUGGACAGCACGUUUGAUAUGUAUAAAGAGGCGUUGAAAGAGCACGCGUACCAGUGCGCUCUCGAGAGACUGGAGGAGGAUUACAUCCCUAUAGACGAAUACAACGAAGAGCACGAGCGAGCCAAGGCGCUAGAGAAACUUGUAUUUGAGUUGGAACAGAAAUGCCAGUGUUCUGGUCCUCAACCCCUCAAACAGGACAACUCUACGCAGACAAGCCCACUGCCGUCCAUGGACACAGAUGCAGAAAGGUAUAAGAUGCUGUACAAGGAAAAGUGUGCGGUGGAGAAUCUGUGUGUUGAGAAGCAAGAGCUGAUCAUGUCUCUCGAGCGGCGCAUCGGCGAGCUGAACGAGACGCUUCAGGAAGCCGGCGAGAGCUAUAUGGAAAAACUUGCGGAGGUCCAAACUCUACAAAACAGACUCUCGAAUCAGGAGCAGAAAGCGGAGUGUUUGGAGAGUGAUGCCAGCGCUCGAGAGCAGGAGAUCGGCCGUCUGCGUGAGGAGGUGAAGCGUGCGAGUGUGUGUGUCGGCUCGUCUCGGGCGAGUGUGUGUGUCGGGUCUCGUCCGCGGUGUGGUCUUCUGCUCAACAUUAAAGAGUCCAUGACUCCUCCGUCCACUGGGAGUCUGUGCCGCACCAUCAGGAAGUCCGUGAGAGCCACGACCCUGAGGAAGAAGCCCAGCUGAUCAUGUCCUGGAGCGCCGUGUGUUUGUUCAACGUUUCUAUGAAAGUUUUUAUUUGUGUAAUAAAAGUGUAUUUUUAAA